CAAAAACUAAGAGAAGAGAGAAAUAAAGAAUACAGCCUAUUCCUCCAAGAACAAGCUCAAAUCAGAAAGUUAAAGAGGACAACAGCUCCUGUCACUGCAGAAUCUGGACAGGUUCAAGUUUCAGAUGCUGUGAACGUUUCUCUUCAAGACUCUCCCCUGUCUUUCCUCAAUACCAAUGCAAAAAUACCCCCUCCUCGAAAUGAGCACCCUGCAUCCCGGAGAGACGCAGCCACUCUGACUGAGGUGGUGGAUAAUGGAAAAAGCACAGAGACUUGGGGUCCAGGUUAUCAGCGGCGAAGGCGCUGGCAACUCUACAGACAAAAAGAGCCCUAUAGCUCUGAGGAGGAGCUUAACACAGAUGAAGAGCGGGAGUCUGAUUUUAGAGGCAGGAGGAGGCAAGACAGACGCACUCAAGAGUACAAAGAGGAGAGAAGAACCCGAGAGCACAGAGUGAACAGAGCUUGCGAGGACAUAAAGGAGGCCCCUGUUGUUCGUGAUCAGAACAGUAAUGAUAGGAUUUGGAAGUCAGAGCUGCAAAUGCCAGACAACAUGAGGACAGCUGCAAGGUCUACACCUGGUAUCGGCAAGGAGAAGCGUGACUUUGCUACGGGACUCAUGAUUGGGGCAACAGAGGAUCAGAUGGUUGCUCAGAUGAAGAAAGAACAAUAUGGGCAGGAGCUGCUGAGACAGAUUGCUGAAAAGCAGAGAAACAAGAUAAAGGAGAGAACACUUGAGCUGACAGUUGCUGCCACUGGAGCCACAGACCCUGAGAAAGAGCCUGACCGAAUAAAGCAGUUUGGGGCUGUAAAUCGGCAGCAUGACAACUUGAGACGGGAUGUUCCUCACAAACCUGGAAUAGACCUGGAGGCUGAAGGGAAGGAUACAAAUCCCAGGCCUAAAGACUAUAAACCCACUGACAACACAGAACAGGCGGUUCCCAGAGGAAAGUCAGAGGUGACGGUGCCUCGGUCUGAGAUGGGAGUAACACAAGGCAUCCCCUCCUUGGAUUAUUUUAGUGAGGACUACCACAGGAACUUCACAAACAUGCUUGGAGAGGUGACCAUCCCAAGGGUUUCUGAAGUUGCUCCUCCUCUACCUCCCAUUGUACCUAAUACUUACAAGACUCCAUAUGAUGCAGCUUAUUACUACUAUGGAACCAGGAAUCCAUUAGAUCCUUAUCUCCCUUACAAUCAGAAUGGCCUGCCCAGAGAGGUUGAGAAUUUCGAGAUUCCUUUUCAAAAGCCACAUCCUCCCAGAUCCAGUGGCAUCAUUAAAGCAACUCGUCGGUAUACAGCACCUCCCUCGGCUUUCGAAGAGCUUCAUGAAGACAAGUCCAAGCAGAAGAGGGAGAGGGUACUGAGCUACCAAGAAGCACUCAGACAGCAGAUUAAAGAAAACGAGGAGCGUAAAAGAAGAGAGAAAGAAGAGCAGAUGCGAUAUGAUGCGAGGAUAGAGGCUGAGAUGAUGGCAUACGAUCCCUGGGGCAGAAGUGGUGGAGGCGCUCCGAUUAAAGACCAAAAAGGCAACCUUGUUAGUGACCUGAAUCAAAUGCACAGGAGCAAUGAGAAGUCAAACAGGAAUCCCACUGAAGCCAGGACUCCCUUUUCCCAUCAACCAUCAGGUUCCACUGAUCACACACCUCCACAGCAGUUUUACAUGCAGGACAAAUACCAAGAAGCCCUGAAACAACAGAUAGAGGAUAAAAAGAGAAAGCAGGCAGAGGAGAGAGAAUGCAUGAGGAUUGAGGAGGAGAAAGAGGAGCAGAGGCUGGCGAAGCAGAGGGCUAACAUACAGCAGGAAUAUGAGGCCGAGCAAAAGAAACAAAAGAAGAUUGAGCACAGGCUGGAAAACCAAAGCGGGAGCCAUAAACCUCAUACACAUCGCCAGGAGGAGGAAAAGAGGGUGAGGCAAGACAAAGAGACUGACAAGGUGCUGCAGAGUGCCAAGACAGGAGAGGAGAAUAUUUCACAGUUGAAUUAUGAGAGAGAGCUGUCUCCUCCCAUCCCAACCUUGUGGAAGAAGCAAACAAAUCGUGUGGCAUCGAGGCCUUCCUCUGUUGUGAGCCAACUCUCACCCAGGACUGAGCGCUCUGUGUCAGCGCCACACCCCCGACCAGCCCCUGCGAGAAUACCCCAGCUAGACGAUGAGCAACAGGAAGUGAUCAGACAGCUGUCACUCCUCCGGAGGCAUCUGAGAAAUGAGCAGAGACAAUUGGAGGGCCAGAUUGGUCCGCCAGAGACCCAGUACACUCCCCCCAGCAGAAGACGACCCAGAGAGGCUGCUGCUGCUGAACGUGUUAAUAUGCAAAACAUCAGGGAGUUCAACCAGCUUAAAUACAGAGAUACAGCAUCUCGCAAAGAGGUCCGAGCCGUGUACCCUGACCCUCCCACUGACGCACAAAGUCUGGACAUCCAACAGCAGGCACUUCUACGUGAACAAGAGCGCAAAAUCAGGAUUAUGAAUAGACAGAAAGAGCACGACUUUUUGGACCAUCAGCAAGACCAUUACUAUCCUGGGAGGAAACCUGGAUCCUUCAUCCACAGAGACUCCCUUUUGCCAUCUCAGUCUGCUUUUAUGGAUGUUUAUAGCGGGGAUGCAUUUGACCAGGAGGUAGGUGACUCCAUGGAUCAGAGGGAUCGUGACAAUCAGUCAGACAACCAAUCUCUGCAGUCAGCCACGAGUCUGAACCUCAGAUCUAAAGUCAGGGACCAAAACCACAACCACAUCCUCAGAGAACACACUUGCGCUGGAGAUCAUAACAACAGAAGAACAGAGAGGCUGUCUCCUGAUGAAGUGGACGUCUUGUCCCUGCGCUCUGCCUUGGGGGGGCGUGUCUCCGUGGAGACAGUUGCCACAGAUCCUUGGCUGCGACCCGGAACGUCAGAUGCUGUAAAACACUCAGGCUGCAGAGAGAGACCGAGCAGCAGGAUGGAUGCUCCACCCUGGCUGACGCACCGCGUAACGUAGCUACUCUCCAAGGAUGGGAGAUUCUGAAUCCCCCGUUCCCAAAAGAAACAGGUGGUGGUUCUGCUUAAAACAAACAUGCUUGCUGUGUGUGAAUACUUUGUUUUUUUCUUUGUUGUUGCAGGGGCUUAUUGACAGAGACAAGAGUCUUUCAGAAAAUAUAUUGUUAGAUUCGAGAAAAAUCAAACAACACUUGCUUCUGUCGAUUUUUACAAAAUACAGAAUUUACAGACUAAAUUUUUGUAAAGUGUUUAACUGUGAAUGUACCAUAAACGUAUGUACAUGCCAAUGUAGUUACCUGAGUUAUAGGGAGUUAUUCUUUAAAUAAUAAAAGUAUCACAAUGUCGUCCGGCUGCUCAUUAUUGUAAAAAUGAAAAAGCUAUCAGUUACUGUAAGUCAGUGAUUCAGCAUUUCAAAUCAACCAAGUUCAAAAACUUUAUUGACCUAGAACCUGAUUAGAAUGCCAGAUGAUGUAUUGUACAGAAAGUUGUACAUAAUCUUUUGCAACAUAGAAAACUUUACAUUGCUGUAUCAUAUACAUUUUGUUUUCUACAUCCAUGAGCAGGAAUGCAUCCCAUUCAUACUUAAAGCACAGCUAACAUUUGUCAUUUUCUCUAUACAUAUAACUUUCCCCCAAAUCAAAGAAAAAAAA